CACAAACUAACAAUACCUACAUAUUUGCAGUUUGAAUCUCUUUAGUUAAGUAAUAAUAAUUAUAGUUUUUUGGUGAUAAAUAUCUGACUUGUUUCGACUGAGAUUAUAAUUGUUUUUGGCUAUAAAAACAAAAUGAAAACUAAAAAGGCAGUAAUAAUUAUGUGCUGUGUAUUAGUAAAUAUUGCAUUUUCUCAAAGAAAAAAAUUAGAUAAAUUUCAUAAUUUGUUGAAAAAUGUAGAAAUGGAUCAAAGGGCACCCGUUUCACAUCAACAAGGAACCGCAAGACCUGCAGUAGUCAAGGACAAAAAUCACCCUCAGAAUGCUACAGGAUCUUAUACUUUAACCGAGUUAUUAAACAAUUUAGGAAUCAAUACAGAUUCUAAAUCUAGCACUAUGACAAACAUUCCAUCUUUCGAAACUAACCAUUUAAAAGCUAUUCCCGAUUUGACGGUGACACGUUUACCUUCUGCAGAUCAAGUAAAUUGUUACCAAAAUAGUUUAAUAUUGCAUUGCCUAAUUGGUAAAUUAAAAGGACAAGCGAAAUUAGUAGUUGAUUCACAACCUAUCAACAGCUGGUUAGAGCUAAAAGACGUCUUAACUCAAAAUUUCUCUGAUUCAAAAAAUGAGGAAAACGUCAACGUUUCUAUGAAUGGUGCUUGUCUCAACUUGAACUCAAGUUGA